AUGUUGUCCAUGUCAGUUCAAUCUGGUGUUAGGAGCACUUUAACAUGUCCUUCAUUUCCAUCCCAGAAAUUCUCCUGCAUCAUUCCUCCACAAGACUCUUCUUUUAGGCCUAACAAAGCUGGUUCUCAGCACCCAUCAAUCCUUCUAAGUAUCAAAACCAAACCAAUUAGCAGAAUUCAGAAGCUUCAUGCUUCAGCUACUGCAGAAGAAGUUGCAGUAGAAACUCCCCCUGAGAGUCCACAGGAAACCAUCCUCCCUGCAGUGGAAGAAAUUGUGGCGAAGAAAGCACAGAAGCCGAAGCCUGAGCUUGUGUUGAAGUUCAUAUGGAUGGAGAAGAACAUUGGUUUGUCACUGGAUCAAAGGAUACCUGGCUAUGGAACUGUUCCUCUCAGUCCUUACUUCUUUUGGCCAAGGAAAGAUGCUUGGGAAGAGCUCAAAGCUACUCUAGAGAGCAAGCCAUGGAUAUCCCAGAAGAAAAUGAUCAUCCUUUUGAAUCAAGCAACUGACAUUAUCAACCUAUGGCAGCAGAGUGGUGGCAAUUUGACCUCAUAA